AUGGAGCGUGCGGGGCUUAACCGUAUGAAGCCUCACCAUGAAGAGAACGAAAUAGAUCCUCAGAACAUCACUGGCUUUCGUCAGGGGCUGGGGACGCAACACGCUAUGAAGCUGGGGAAAAGCCAGAUGCUAGACAACACAACAAGAGGAGUCAAGGACAUCCUAGGCCUAGACCUAGAAAGGGCCUUUGAUAACAUACGGCACUCCUUCAUUCUCCAACAAAUCUCAACACUCGGAGUUGGUCAAUGUCUCCAUGACUACAUCCGUGACUUCCUCAAGGGAAAGCAGGCCUCACUACAAGUCAGGUCUCUGCAGUCGGAGCCAGUCGUACUGGGCGACUGA